AUGGUGGUCAUAAUGAAAAGAAAGCAUUCAUCAAAGCCUAGUACUAGGGUUUCUCUCCAAACCCGAGAGGACAAGGGCUUGGCCCAGCGGAGCACAACCAAAAUGGUCGCUGACGUGUUCUAUAUACCCAAAUACAAUCCGGCGAAGCCUCUCGGAGAAGACUCCCACUUUAUCUUUUCGGAGGCACAGACGAUCGGCGUGGCUGACGGCGUCGGCGGCUGGGCAAAGAAAGGCAUUGACGCCGGAGCGUACGCUAGAGAGCUGAUGUAUAACGCCAUCCAAUCCGUCCGUCAUCAGAGAAACACAGUUGGCAGUGUGGACCCCAUGACAGCCCUCGACGAAGCCUACGCGGACACUGACGUGGACGGCUCAUCCACGGCGUGUAUCUUGACGUUAGUUGACGACUGCGCAAUCGCCGUUAACGUAGGCGACAGCGGCUUCGCUGUCCUACGUGGCGGCCGAACCGUCUUCCGCUCCCCGCCUCAGCAGACCCGGUUCAACUGCCCGGUUCAGCUGGGGAAAACGAGAGGCGACCCGACCGCCGCCGAGAAAUUCGAGGUGAAGGUGAAACCGGGAGAUAUCAUCGUAAUGGCGACGGAUGGAUUGUUCGACAACGUUUAUGAAUUCGAGCUUUUAGAUUUGGUUUACGGAGCUGACGAUAAGAAGAGUCCGCUGAAGAAGCCACCGAUGAAUUUGGCGAGGAAGAUUGCACGGUACGCGCUUAAGAAUUCCCUCAACGCAGACUUCCUUUCUCCAUUCUCUGAGGGGUAUAGGAUCGCCGGAAUCAACGAGCAUGCCAUCGGCGGCAAGUACGAUGAUAUAACAGUGAUAGUUGCUUAUAUUCAAUAA